AUGCCUUCUCGAACUAACGGUGUCGGCGUUCAGGCCGAAGAUACCAGGAUCUGCGUGGUCAUGGUCGGUCUACCAGCCCGAGGCAAGAGUUAUAUCGCCCAAAGAGCUCAGCGAUAUCUUCAGUGGCUUUCCAUCCCCGCACAGACUUUCAACGUUGGCAACUACCGCCGUAAUGAUGCACCACAACCCACGGCCGAUUUUUUCGAUAUCAACAAUCCCGAAGGAGAACGCACCCGCCGUGCUGCCGCCGAGGCUGCUGUUGCCGACAUGCUCGCCUGGUUUCGUUCUGGCGGCAUUGUGGGUAUUCUCGAUGCUACCAAUUCUACUCUGGAACGUCGCAAGUGGGUUCUGGAGGUCUGCAAUGAAAACGGUAUCGAGGUUCUCUUUGUUGAGAGCAAGUGCGACGACGAAGAACUCAUCAUGGCCAAUAUCCGAGACGUCAAGACUACUAGCCCGGACUACCGCGGACAGGACCCUGAAACUGCUGCUCUCGAUUUCCGUAAUCGAAUUCGCAACUACGAAAAGGUGUACUGCACCAUUGACGCUGAUGGUAAAGAGUCUCACCUUACUUACCUCAAGAUCAUGGAUGUCGGUAAGCAAGUCAUUAUCAGCCGUAUUCGAGAUUACCUCCAAAGUCGCAUUGUGUACUAUCUUAUGAAUCUACACAUCCGUCCUCGUUCAGUUUGGCUAUCAAGACAUGGGGAAUCCUUGUAUAACAUUGACGGAAGAAUUGGCGGUGAUACACUCCUUUCACCUCGUGGUGAACAAUAUGCCAGAAAACUUCCUGAGCUCGUCCGAAAAUCAGUUGGUGAUGAUCGACCACUAACAGUAUGGACCUCAACUUUGCGACGCACUAUUGCUACUUCUCGUUUCCUUCCUCAGCACUACAAUCAACUCCAGUGGAAGGCGCUCGAUGAGCUCGACUCGGGAGUAUGCGAUGGCCUGACCUACCAGGAGAUCAAGGACCGAUAUCCCGAGGACUUUGCCGCCCGUGAUGAAGACAAGUACAACUACCGAUAUCGUGGCGGAGAAUCGUACCGCGAUGUUGUUAUUCGCCUUGAACCCAUCAUCAUGGAAUUGGAGCGAAGUGAAGAUAUUCUUAUCGUCACCCACCAAGCUGUGCUACGAUGUAUAUAUGCAUAUUUCAUGAAGAAGGACCAGUCUAAGAGCCCCUGGAUGAAUGUGCCACUACACACCUUGAUCAAACUCACCCCAGGAGCCUACGGUACCGACGAAGUUCGCUAUGAAGCCAAUAUUCCUGCUGUCAGCACCUGGAGAGGCAAGGGUAGCACCGCUAAGCACGAGAAUCCAGCCCCUGGUGUCAUGUAA